GUGUGUGUGUGUGAGUCCUACAGUGAGACAAACUGCCAAACAGCCAGCAGGAGCAAGUGAGGCAGAGGAUGAUUUCAAAGGUGGGAACAGUGUGCCGAACCUGCAUGUGACCAUUCAUCUCCUCGCUGCAGAGCAGGCGGGUACGGAGGGGAAUGACGGCCCGUACAAGGUCAAUAUUUUACUUUGGCUAGCGGCGGCUCAAUUUAAUUACAGGCGGAGCGCCACUGAAAGAGCACGCAGAGAUCAACAGAUGCUGCAAAACUCAAGCCCCUAUGGUUCUACAAGCAGCACAAUUUGUAUCGUGUAGGAGGCCGCUGGCACGGUGGGUCCCGACUCGCAGCAACGCAGGGCUGCGCUUUUUGAACGGGGAGGUGAGCGGCUUAUUUUGGUUGAAAAUGCAUCGCCUGCGAAUUGUUUUCCUGAUGCAAAAGUACAACAACGUCUUGAAACAUAAUUAAACUUUCAAUUUUUUUGACAUCACAGCCAAUUACUUCUGAGUAUUUUAUUAUGAUUUUAUGCGCUACACUGUAAAGUGAAAGGGAAAUUAUAAAGGGUUUUUUUUCUUUGCAAAUCAUUGAAAAGUAUGAAGUGAAUAUGUAUAAUAGUACAUGUUGAAUAUGAGCCAACACUUUGUGACGCAACUUCUCCCCUCAUCACCAUGCUGCCACUAUCUAGAGACCUUUGGUUUCCUAUUCUUCUUUGCCAAAUAGGUGUCACCAUGGGAAUGGUGCUUUCAGGGUGAUGUGCAGUGUUGGUUUCACCACACCACCUUUAUCCACAUAUUAACUGUGGCCCUUGCAACCCAAAGAAAAACAUUCCCACGGCCUGAUCUGCCACCACUAAGUUUCACACAAUAGUUUCCCAAACUAAGCCUGCUUUAAACAGUAAACUCCACCCCAUUUUCCUUGUUUAUUUUCACUUGCAAUAGAAAUACAUUCAUUCCUCCCACUUAAAAAAAUUACUUGAACUGUUUAAACAUGCAAUAAUAACCCAAAUAUCAACAUGUUUUUUCGGGGGGGUUGCCAAGAGCUGUUGAUUAUCUUGAGCAAAGGUAAAACAGCCUGAUUUGCUUAUAAUAAGGCGGAGAGGCAGAGAUAUACGCAGCCUGUCAGACUGAUUGUGUCGACAAGAAUCAAGAAGGUCUAAAAUCCUCGGGAUAAGUUUCAUUUUUAUUAUAUCCAUUACAUACCAUAAGCAAAUCAAGCGGAGACAUCUAAACGCAGAUUUAUUUUCAUGUCACCGAGUACAGCGGCUGUGUUCAUACGAACACCGAGCAACGAUGUGAUUGGCUGAGCGAACCAGGAAGUCCAGCCGCGGCUCGGCAAGUCACCUGACUUUUUUUUUUUUCUUUCUUCCUUUCUUUCUGUUAUUUAAACGCAGGCGUAUCUGCUUUCUGAAAGCCAACAGAACAGCAACGGCGACAGAUACGGAAGAAAGAGACCAACAUGGUUGAGGCUCCAAGCGGCGCGGCGGUCGUGUGGCUGCUGGUGUUUUCCUCCCUCAUCCCCGCGGCGGAGGCGUACGACGCGGGCGACGCUCUGGCCCUGCUGCUGUGCACCGUCCUGGCCGUGGUGGGGUUCUGCGUCGGCCUCGGCUGGUACGCGCGGAGGCGGAAUGGGCCGCAGCUCUGAAGCACGGAGGACUUCAGACAGUUGUCACCUCUUUACGGCGUGCCGCGUUAAACCUCCCUGCAAUCUACGGAUGUUUUGGCGCAGGUUCUGCUCUGAAACGUGCCUUAUUGGAGCCGUAUUUCCAAACCAAAACUCGGGGUGGGGGAUCCACGUGAAACACAGGAAGGAGACAUCCAGGAAGUGCGCUGUGAUUGAGGACCGAACACUGUUGCCUUCCAUGCACAACAAAGACUUUCUAGAUUUCUGCUUCAAAUGCCUGUUUGUCUUUAACCAGAUAUGUUAGCUUUAAACGAGCACUGUGGUUACUUGGUGUGCUUCUGAAAUCAACAUUGAUUGAUUUUGAUCUGUCAUGAUCACAUGACUUAACUUCGCUUUGGAAAGUUCGAUCUGAUAGAUCUGAUUACAGCUUUUGUAAAGAAUAAACACAUUGAAUCAAACUUC